AUGUCUGGCCGUGGAAAAGGUGGAAAAGGUCUCGGAAAGUCGGGUGCCAAGCGUCACCGCAAGAUUCUUCGUGACAACAUCCAGGGUAUCACCAAGCCCGCUAUCCGCCGUCUCGCUCGUCGUGGUGGUGUCAAGCGUAUCUCUGGUCUCAUCUACGAGGAGACUCGUGGUGUCCUCAAGACUUUCCUCGAGAACGUUAUCCGUGACUCUGUGACCUAUACUGAGCACGCAAAGAGAAAGACGGUCACCGCCCUCGACGUCGUCUACGCCCUCAAGCGCUCCGGCCGCACUCUCUACGGCUUUGGUGUCUAA